AUGAAAGUCAGGAUCCCCACCGAAGGGUAUCUCGUCUUCCAGCUUGAACACCAUUUCCCCUACUUCGGACUGCACAUGACGAGGCUAGAAGAUGUAGUCAAGUCUGAAAGCAGCAAGCCCGACCAAAAGAUAUGGAUGGACCUCUCUUUUCUGGACUCAAAGAACGAGCGAGGGACAUUGCGGAUCUAUCGGGCGAGAUCAUCUUUCACUCUAUCUGGCUUCAACAAUACCCAUUGGAUCGCGUACGAUCUGGAAGAAGUAAACUUUAAUCCGGACCGUGAAAUUGGUGAGGAUGAACGGAAUGAUUUCCGGCGCUCAGACCAAAUAUCAAUGGGCAAAUUCGAUGCAAAUCUGCCAUUUUACGACGCGCGGGAGUACUACCUCGCUAUCAGCUUGAUCAGAGUAAAAUGUGCCAGGAAGGAAGCUCAACGCAUUGUGGGUCAAAUUGAAGCUUCGUUCAUGCAUCACAUGACUUCUUGCCCAUUCUCCGCUGGGUCUGCGUCCGAGCAGUCCGCUAUCUCGAAGUGGAAUGAACCUAUGCUGGAGCUUCUAUCAAUGUUGAUUCAGGAUCUUAGGGGAAAGGUCAACUGCUGGAACAGCUUCAAGAGUAAAGAUCUUGACUACUUUAGCGACCCGGAUGAGACACUGCUACCACGGGUGAUCGCACACAUCGAACGCACUAUCAACGAACUGGACGAUGUGUAUGAAGAUCUGAGGGUCUACGAGAAGACGCUGUCCUACUUUCAAGAAGCUUGCGAGAAGCUGGCAAAUCGUCUGGAGUACCGCCUCAGCUUGCAGGGCGGCAAAAUCGGCGAAUUUACUAUCGUCGUUAUUUCUCCUGUAGUCAUCGUUUCCAGUAUCUUUGCUAUCCCUACAUCUGUUCUUCCAUAUGAACAAAGUUUCCUAUCCCUUUUCCUUUCCGUCGGUGCUGUCAUGAUGCUAUUGUGGUUUCUAUUGCUGUUGAAGGAGGGAUGGCUUAGCCAGCAGGCUUGGUGGCAGAGUCUGUCGCGAAGGGUUUGGACAUUGAGACGACAAUCCAAACGUGCUGAAACGAAUAAAUAG